AUGGAUCCCUUCGCAGCGCUCGGUUUAGCGGCUGCCAUAAUUCAAUUUGUUGAGUUUGGGGCGAAAAUAGUGGCCACAAGUCGAGAGAUAUAUGUAUCCUCCAGCGGGCUGACUCAAGAGCACGAAACCCUCGAUGAAAUUUGUUCCCAUCUCUGUGUCUUGGUGGACGAUAUUGAUGAUGCGGCUGACGCCGCAGAUAAACCAAGGCAUAGAAUAGAAGAAGAAGGUGCUUUGAAGAAGCUUUCAGAGAGGUGUAAGAGUACGGCUUUGGAGCUCCAGAGAGUUUUGAAUGGGUUGUACCAGACACCUGGGGGAAGAAUUGCGAGUUUGAACCAGGCCCUUAAAGCAACUUGGGGCAAGCGAAAAGUCAAAGAUGUGGAGCUGAAACUCAAAGAAUACCGGCAAGAACUCAUAGCACAUCUUGUUGCCAUCACCAACAACAAUCAAUCAAGCGCCCUACGAGAACUACGGGCUCUGAAGGAAGUUAUGCUGUCAAUACAGUCGAAUCAUUCUGGGAAACUGGAAGAAAUUUCAGAGGCUAUUCAAAAUAUCGCAUAUCAAUCUUCGAUAACGAAAGAGUCCCCGUCGGACACAGCAGCUUUUACUUGGAAAGAUUUUCAACAACUCCACGAGAAACUCUUUGAUAUUAUCGAUAAUGCAAGAGAUAUUUCCCUCCAACAGAAAUUCCUUCGCGGCCUAAAUUUCAGAUCCAUGACGGCUCGUCGCCAUAGCAUAGUAGAAGCACAUCAAAAAACAUUCAACUGGGUCUUCAAGGGCACCAAUGCACAGACAAGCGCACCAGCUCCUAACCGUAACUUGUCCAACUGGCUUAAGUCGGGGAAAGGCAUUUUUUGGAUAUCUGGAAAAGCAGGGUCGGGUAAAUCAACUCUCAUGAAGUAUCUUGGAUGUCACCCACAUACAUCGGAUCUACUCUCUACAUGGUCCCAACCUAAGGAGUGCAUCGUCGCAUGCCACUACUUUUGGAGCUCAGGCACACGACUACAAAAGUCCAUUAACGGAUUACUGAGGUCUCUCUUGUUCGAGAUAUUUCGACAAUUACCCGAGAUUAUUGCAAAAGUUGUUCCUGAUGAUUUGUGCCAUUUUGAGAACGAUUCUUCUCUUUUAUCAAGUGAAGACGGUAGGAAUUGGUUGAUGGAUGAGCUAGAUCAGAUCACCAGUCAUCUAGUCUCUAGCGAGGACUUGAGCUUGCGAUUCUGCUUUUUCAUUGACGGGCUCGACGAGUACGACGGGGACCAUCAGAAGCUGAUCCAAAUUCUCGCCCGUCUUGCUUCUUCGCCUAAUGUCAAACUUUGUGUUUCCAGCCGGCCGUGGAACAUCUUUGAAGAUGCCUAUGGGAAAUCGAGCUUGCAGAAAUUGGCACUUCAAGACUUGACCCAGGACGACAUUCGCAGUUACACCAAGAGCAUGUUGAAAGAACAUCCCAAUUGGAUAGAAUACGCUAAAGACCAACACUCCAUUGCGGAUGAGAUUACCAAAAAAGCACAAGGUGUGUUCUUGUGGGUAUUUCUGGUUGUUCGUUCAGUGCACGAAGGUGUGACAAAUGGUGACGCUGUUUCAACCCUACGACGGAGAGUAAGCCAGCUCCCCCAGGAUCUUGAGGCAUUUUUCAAACACAUACUGAAUUCAAUUGAUCCAUUUUAUCACCGGCAAAUGGCGAAAUUCUUUCAGAUAGCACUGCAAGCUGAAGAGCCACUUAGCAUUAUGCUCUACUCCUGUAUUGAAUCUUGUACGGAAGACGUCUCGGAUGUUUUGCAUAUUCCCGUUGAACCCAUGGAUAAACACGAUGUUUUCACGAGAAGAAAGCAGAUGAUCCGACGAAUUAAUGGCCGCAGUAAAGGUCUUCUUGAAAUUCAAGCUGAUCAUGCAGCAAGCGAUUAUCUUGGUCCACGUGUGACCUUUCUUCACCGCACAGUUCGCGACUUCCUUCUUACCAGAGAAAUGACCGAGUUUCUCAAUGAUCGCCUAACGGACUUUAAAGCAAGAACUGUUAUUUUUCGAGCUUAUGUUGCACUGGUAAAAUCAAUGCCAGUUCGAAAGGAACACUUCAAACGCUCUGGUGAAUUGUCUCGAGUGUUGGAUCAAGCGUUCUUCUACGCUUAUCAGGCCGAGCUGGAGUCUGGUGAUUCCGAAGCUGAGCUAGUGGAUGAUCUACGCUACGUCGUAGAGGAAAUGGCAGAUUCAUUGGACAUUCAACCCCCAUGGAAUCCUGACUACUUUAUUGAGUUUGUCAUAUCCCGUGGUCUGUCUCAAUACCUCACGCAGCACCGGGAAUGCAAUGUUGGGGCACGGGAUAUCGUGAACGGCGCUUUCCUGGUAAAGGCAGUCAUGGAAAGUCUCAAGCCUGUGAACGAAUAUAGCCCAGACAUUACUGAAGUUAUAUCCCUACUUCUCGUUCGGGGUACAGACCCUAACCGGGGUUCUCGAAUACAGCAAGACAAGGGACUGAAAGUUCCAGCUAAAGGUACCAACUACAUGGCUCUGAUGUGGGGAAUACCGCGAGAAGAUCGCCAGGAAAAUAGGAACAGCCGUUUAACUGGAGGGCCUCCUAUAUCCAAGGUCAGAAUGAAAGACAUCUUUAGUAUAGAAGGCUCGAUUUGGGGCAAUUGGCUACAAAUGCUUAGUCUUUCCCUGGUGGAGCAUGGUAUGAGUUUUACAUGGGCUAUCAGACAAAAGAGGAUUCUGGACUUGCUCAUCGGCCACGGUGCCGAUGUCAAUGAAACUUCAGCCAGUGACGCUCGCCAUUAG